ACUCAUCUUUUCUUUUUUUGUUCUUCCUGUCGUCUUCAAUUCUUCUGGUGAGUAAUAAAUUACUCUGUUUUUGAGAGAUGAUGAAGAUGAAGAGGUCUGCUUCUUCUUCUUCUUCUUCCUCGUGUAUUGUUUCCGGCAAUGAGAUUGGACUUCUGCCCAAACCCAUUCCCAGUCCUUCCGAACCGGUGCCGAAACGGGUAAGAACAAAGAGAAACAGAAUCCUCAGCGCUGAUUCCCCGACAGGUGGGCCAGCCAUGAGAAGCUCCAUUUACAGGGGGGUCACGAGGCAUAGAUGGAGUGGGAGAUUUGAAGCUCACUUAUGGGACAGGACUAUCUGGAAUAGCACUCUGAACAAGAAAGGAAGACAAAGUGCAUAUGAUAGCGAAGAGGAUGCUGCCAGGACUUAUGAUCUAGCAGCUCUUAAGUACUGGGGGCCCGGCACCACUCUUAAUUUUCCGAUCGAGACAUAUGCCAAAGAGCUUGAAGAAAUGCAGAACAUGUCAAAGGAGGAGUUCUUGGCCUCACUUCGGCGUAAGAGUAGUGGUUUUUCUAGAGGUGUUUCCAAGUACCGUGGUGUUGCAAGGCACCAUCACAAUGGUCGUUGGGAGGCACGAAUUGGACGAGUCUCAGGGAAUAAGUAUCUUUACUUGGGAACUUUCAGCACUCAAGAGGAAGCAGCUGUGGCAUAUGACAUUGCAGCAAUCGAACAGAAAGGUGCGAAUGCAGUUACAAAUUUCGACAUCAGCAACUAUGCAGAUAAGCUGAAGGAGAUCCGAGAGCAGAACCAAAUAAAACAGCAUUCCCCUUCUAGUAAGCUCGACAAUGAAAGGCCGGGAGAAGUACAGGAGCAGGAGCAGGAGCAGCAGGGGGAUCAAUGCUUGGUGCAGCAAGAAACAAUGCCAAAGUUGGAGUCUUCAAUGGUCGUUGGUCCGCGCAUGGAUCAUCAGGAAGAAGCGGGGUUUUGGGACUUCUGCACCGAUUCUGGGUUCGACUCGUUUUCUAUUUCUGAUCUCCUUAUGGAAGAAGAAGAGGAGGAGGACAAGGAGGGGAGAGCUUCUUCUUACCUGCUUGAUUUUUUCAAUGAUUCCAGCAGCUCUCAGAACAACCUGGAUUUUCUCUUCUGAGGAACCCCCCGCCCGGCCGGCCUUCUUUAGUAGUAGUGGUCAUCCACUUCAAAUGUGGUGAUCACUGUCUCUGGUGCUUUUGCUUCUAUAUAUGAUGAUUUUGAGGCUUCCUGCUUUGGUUGAGGAUCAUAAAUUUUGCAAACUUGUCAUUUUGUAUAACUAAAUAGAAAAAAAAAGCAUACAUAGUAUAAAGACUUUUAAAUGCUUGGUCCGAGAUAAUUUUCGAAAAACAAAAUCAACUUGAAUAAGAUUG